AAUAGAAAAAAUAAAGCAAAGGACUUCCUUCCCCUCCCCUCCUCUCCAAUUCUUUUGAUAACCAAAUAGAUGAAUUUUUUCCCCUCCCCUCCAUUCCCCUCAACCCAAACAUAUUGCAAAAGUUGUGAAAAAAGAGUAGUUGGCACAGUAUUUCAAAGUCUAAUUUCUAAUGGUAGGUGGCUAGAACUUGGAAGGCUUUUGUUGAACAAGUUGUACCAAGCAGGGACUUCUGAAGGUGCAAAGUAGAACUACAACCAAGGGAAGUGCUUCUCUGACCACGUAAGAGAUUUUUCUUUGAUAUUUCUUGCAUCAUGUGAUGUGAAAAGGCCAAGUUGUCUGAGCAUCAUGUUAACACAGAUUCACAGUUCUAAUAACAGUCAACGAUGCUGUUAGUGAUGGUUUCUUAUAUGAAUGGAAUAUUCAAUGGUAUGUGGAAUCACCCUGAAUAUGAUACAUGAGAAUAUUCAAAUGCCAAUUAUGAAGUCAGUAUUUUGAUAUUUCUAAGUCUAUUCUUUGCUUUUGUGCUUCAUUAAUUUCUGUUUUUUUAGGUUCUGCAACUGCAAGCUAGGCCAUGUGGGCAAACCUGAUAUGUUGCUUAAGUCAAUCAAAUAAACAUGUCUGAAUGAGCCUGUUUGAUGUCUUGGAUGAGCCUGUUUGAUGUCUUGGAUUUCCUUGAACUUCAUGUCAUUUCAAGGAAGAUAAUGUGAGAUAGAGUCUUCUUCGUAAUCAUAUAGUGUCCCAUAGGCCUAAUGUUG